CGAGACAUACGACGCAAGCCACCUUAGGUUCAUCACCAUCGAAAAGGAAAAUUACCAUCAUCUGAUUGUAUCCGAAGAUGGAGUACGAACAGACUGGGCCGGCCAAGUGAAUGGAUAUAACCCUAAAUGUAUCGUCAAGAGCUGGAAAAUAUGUUCCUGGUCAAUGAAAAGUUAUUCUAUUUUGGAAUCUGAGUUACUCUAGUAUAGUGUGGAUCAGGAUGGUUCUCAUUCCGUGGGUUAAUUUAUCUUUGCUCUCUUCUGCGUGGGUAUAUGCAUAUAUUCUACCAAAUGAUGGACCGGUACAGAAGGCAAUUGUAUCAAUUACACAUGAGAGCUCCGCGGAGCCCUCCUGCCUCAGAUUGAAUCCCGAAGUCGAGAACGGGACACUCAUUGAUCAGCUGUGGAGAAACAAUUGCGAUCUCGUGGAGCAAUUUCUGGGGAAUGCUUUCUCCGUUGCUCAGGCAGAACAAACUUCUACCGGAACCUUUACGUCCUUCCACUACUAUUCUGUGCAAGAUUACUACUACUUGCUCGAGACGGUACUGCACAAGCCGUAUCUCACCGAGACCAACCCGCCUAUGUCAGAGCCGAGCCUGCGCUCAAGCAUACCUGCGGUCAUCGAUUCUACGAACAAGUCUUUUCAGGAUGCCGAAAACUUUCGCCGAAGCCUUAUUAAUGAUCUCGAGAUAUCAGAAGAUAUUAUCAAAAACGGAACUUUUCAUGCUGCUGGCUUGGGUUAUGUUAAGUGGCUCCAGGAAAAUAUUAAUCUGGGUUGGUUUGCAUACCAAGUUUCGAGAAUCCCUUGUAUUUACGGUUGGGCCGAGCUCGCAAAGAGUCUUAAUAACCGCCAAGACGUAGAUCAUUCAUCAAUAUUCUACCAAGAAUGGAUAGUCAAUAACCUAGACUGGAAUUAUGGUGCCAGUCACUCGCAAAAGCUCCAGAAAGCCGUAGAUCGUUACAAUAACAGUGAGACAUUCGAGGUUUACAAUAGGUUAUUUUGACAAGCCUUAUUAUUCGAAAUUGCUUUUUUCGAAAGUGCCAUUGGGAAGACGUCGAUAGAUAAUCUUCUUUGACGAUCCAUGGUUACCCUCGACGAUCGAGUGGUGGGAUCGACGGUACGGGCCGUGGCCCGCUUACCUUAUUAGGUUAAUAUGAGCUGCCUUGUUUGCAUGGUGGAUAUUGAACACGUCUUGAACCCUCAAUCUCUCGACUGAAGACGUCCUUCUCAUAUGUGAGUUAGCUAAUAUUUGAUAGAGUUACACGUAAGCGUAUAUGAAAUCACAGUUAGGGUUAUAUUGCAACUUGAU